UUGUGGCAGAUUGCUGAAGAACUGCAGAUUAGCAAAGAACGAGUUGGAGAAAUUUUACAUGAACAUUUGAAUAUGAGAAAAAAUAGCGCGCGCUGGGUACCGAAAAUGCUCACACCGCUCAACAAACAACUUCGACUCGCAAGUUGCAAAGAUGUUUUGGAGCUAGUCGGCGAUAACAAAGAAGACGUUUGGCAACGGAUAGUCACCGUAGAUGAAAAAUGGAUUCGACAAUAUGAUACGGAGUCCAAACAAGAGCCCUUGCAAUGGGUUCGCGAAGCUAUUGUACAGAAACGACGUGGGAAACUGACGCGCGGAGUGCUCUUUCUGCAAGACAACGCGCCCGUUCAUACCGCACAUGUUGCGAGGCAAGCCCUGAAAGACACAGGGUUCUCAGAGAUUGACCACCCUCUGUACAGCCCAGACCUAGCACCUAGUGAUUUUUUCCCGUUUUCCAAUUUGAAAAAGGACUUACGGAGCCGGAGAUUUGCAGAUCACAAUGAAAUGAAAACUGCGGUUGAUCGUCAUUUUGAAGAGAAAGAUACAGAAUAUUUUUUGGGUGGGUUAAAGGUAUUGUAUGCGAGAUGUGAAAAAUGUAUUACACUUGAGGGAGAUUAUAUUGAAAAAUAA